CCCUUUCUCUCACUCUCUGAAACCUAAUCCUAAGCCCAGCCAGCCACCGUCACCGUCCCUCAUCGCCGAACUCUUCUCCUCCAGUAUAGGGUGCUGGCGGGACAAAGCGUGGGUGCCGUCUCACUCUUCUCAUCGCAGAACUCUUCGUAGUUCUCAUCGCUCCUCUUCUCGUCGCCGUCGCACGAGGACGCGUUAUCCGGUGGCGUCGCCGUCGCGAAGGUUGAUUGGUCAGUCAUCGUCUUUUCGAGCGCUCUCUCUCUGUGUGUCUGAGGCCAGCAUCCCUCCUCGAGCAUUCUGUUGCUCUCUGUCCGAGCUCACUUCCCCUUCUCCGUUGCCGUCACUUCCCAUUCCUCCAUCGCUGUCACUUGCCUUCCUCCUUCACCGCCACUUUUGCUUGAGGAAGCACUAACGGAUUCCGGCCACAGCAUUGCCGGAGGUGGUCCUCUUCCUCCGCUCUUGGCAGACUAUUAAGCACUGGUGGGAUUCUACGCUGCGUGAUAUUCUUGGAGUUCAAGAAUGCAUAUCUAAGCUAAGCAGGAUUUUACAUGAAUUAAAAGAUAUUAUGGAUGGGUUCAAAAGAAGACACGUGUAUGCAUAACAUGUUUAUGAUGUUGGAAAAACCAAAAUGGGCUCUGUGGCUACACCACUUCUGACUAUUCAAUUUCCUGCUGCUAUUACGGAAACCAUCAGGAACUCCAAAUUGGGUGCAAGUUUCAAUAAAAUCUGUAGAAGUACAGGAAAAGGAAUACUCAGUUUCUCUUUUGCUGGUGGCAACCGCAUAGUUGGGGUUAACUUUGCAAUCAAAGCAGGCAAAGGAGUAUCAAAUUUGAAAACUGGGGAACAAGAAGGAACUUGGGAGGAACCAGAUAUUGACAGUGACAGUGAAUCUGAUGGUGAAGAUGAGGAAGCUGAGGAUGAGAACCUUGGAUUUGAAAGCGAUUGGGAGGAGGAAGAAACAAAGACUUCAGCUACUACUGUUGCAAAUAUAAAAUCAACUGACACAAACGAGGAACAUGUUAAGAGAGAGAUUGAACAGCUUUUGGACCCAGAAGAAAGAGCAAUAUUGCAACAGAAUGUGACUCCUAACUUGGAAAAAAUAUCAACUGAAAAAUGGAUCCCUUUGCACACCCUUGCUCUGUCAAUGCAGAUGAGUUGCAUGGAUAAGCUUCUUGAAGAUGGUUUUGAUAUUGAUUUCAUUAAUAAGGCAAGUCUCACUGCACUUCAUAAGGCAAUUAUAGGCAAAAAAGAAGCUGUGAUAAGCCAUCUUUUAAGGAAAGGUGCAAGUCCUCAUGUGAAGGACAAGGUUGGAGCUACUCCACUUCAUUAUGCAGUUCAAGUUGGUGCCAAGCAAACUGUGAAAUUAUUAAUCAAGUAUAACGUCGAUGUCAAUGUUGCAGAUAAUGAAGGUUGGACUCCAUUGCACGUUGCCAUUCAAAGUAGAAACAGAGAUAUAGCAAAAAUUUUGUUAGUCAAUGGUGCAGAUAAAACAAGGAAGACUAAGAAUGGAAAGACAGCACUGGAUCUAUGCUUAUGUUAUGGAAAAGAUUUCAAAUCUUAUGAGCUUGCUCAAGUAGUGAAGGUAGUUCCAGCUGACAGUGCUCUAUGAUGCGCGAGACGCAGUCAAUCAGAAUGUGAUCGCGAUUGAAGUUUGAGUUGCGACAUAUCUUCUCUUAAUAACACUUAAAAAUCAUAGCAUUCCACCAUCUUUGGAGGUCCUAGAUCUCUCGACCUUGUUCAUGAGAGUCUCGAUGAAACCUUACUAAAUUGAUGAUUUUUGGAAUAUAUUUGGAGCAUAGCUCUAGUUGACAAAAUGGUGCUGUUGCGAUGCUGUCGAAAGCGAAAACCACCACAUUAUGCAGAGAUUGAAGUGCAGAUCCAGAGUUCCGAGAGAAAAUUACCGAAUUAUCUAAGAUGAGCUGUUCAAGUUCAAGCCACAUUGAUCUUUCUACUGGAUAAUUGUUUCAACUAAUACUGGGCGGGGGUGAAUUUUUUACUAUUAAUUCUAGCAACUAAAGGUUAAGUUUCUGUUCAUGUAAGUAUUGCCUUAUUGGUAGAUUGGUUAUAAACUUCAAAUGGGAAAUUCAUAUUUGAUUAAUGAUUUAAUUGAUUUGUUACUAUGUUUUAUUUGUUCA